AUGGCUUUGGUUUCUGCUUUGUUUGAGAUCUUACAACGACCCACAAUUUGGGAUGUGUUGAUAGAACUCAUGAUUUUCAUUGCCCCUCUCUGGAUUGCUGUUUUUAUUGGGGUUAUGGUUGGCUGGGCAUGGAAACCCAAUUGGGCUAAUCUUGCUCCUCAUUUUUUGUCAUCACCUUCCAAAGCUUCUGGAUUGAAAUUGAAAUUGAAAUUGCUAUUGUCCAGCUUCAUUUCUUGGAUUUUCAAUACUGGGUUUGAAAAGGGGAUUUCAUGUCCAUCUUCAAUCUCAAUUUCUGACAGCAGUUGUUCAUCACAUCUAGAAGAAGCAAAACCAGUUGUGGUUGGGGAUAAUGACUUAGACCAUUUAUGUAGACUUGUAGAGGAGAAAGAUGAUGGCCCUGCUUGGAUUCACAUGAUGGAUCGAUCCACAACCACUAUGAGCUAUCAAGCUUGGCGCAGAGAUCCUGAGAAUGGAGCCCCUCAAUAUCGUAGUAGUACAGUGUUUGAGGAUGCCACACCUGAGAUGGUGAGGGAUUUCUUUUGGGACGACGAUUUUCGAUUGAAGUUGAAGUGGGAUGACAUGCUUGUACACGCUCAAACUUUGGAAGAGUGCCCCACCACUGGAACUAUGAUUGUGCAGUGGGAACGCAAGUUUCCUUUCUUCUGUAGCAAUAGGGAAUACAUUAUAGGCCGUCGAAUUUGGGAAUCAAAACAAUCAUAUUACUGUGUUACAAAGGGAGUACCCUGCUCCUCUGUACCUCAGCGCAACAAACCAAGGCGUGUUGAUUCGUAUUAUUCAAGUUGGUGCAUACGUGCAGUUGAAUCAAAGAGAGGGGAUGGGAAGCAUACUGCAUGUGAGGUGUUACUGUUCCAUCAUGAAGAGAUGGGUAUACCUUGGGAGAUUGCAAAGCUUGGAGUCCGGCAGGGUAUGUGGGGAGCUGUCAAGAAGAUAGACCCUGGCUUGCGUGCAUAUCAGAGAGAUAGAGAAUCUGGUGCCCCACUUUCACGUUGUGCUUUCAUGGCUCAGAUCAACACUAAAGUUAAUGAAGACUACCUGAGAUCCUUGGAAAGUACAAGCAGCAGUUCAUCAGAGAUUGAAACCCUGGAUUCAUCUGAUGAGAAGCCAUCGGGAAUGAACAUACCUAGGAUUCUUGUUGUUGGUGGGGCUGUAGUGCUUGCCUGUAGUCUUGACCGAGGACUUCUGACGAAGGCAGUUAUAUUUGGAGUGGCUAGAAGGUUUGCAAACAUUGGAAAGAAGUUGUGAUUGGGAUGCUUUGGCAUCUCUACCAGGAUGUCUUUGCUAGAAAUUUAGAAAAAGGUAGAAAGGUUGAAUUAUUUUUUUUCAUCGGGGGGUGAAGCAGCUAUGAGUCAGGAAAAGAGAGGAAAAAAAAAUUGUAUAGUUAUAUUCAAUGGAAAAUGGAAAUCUCAUUGAAGGAUUUUGUGCUGCAGAAAUAACAAGAAAAUUUAGUUC